AUGUGGAGCAGCGGCAGCAGGAGAUUCCGCGGCGUUGUGAGACUGCGCAGUGGUUCGGAAAAGAACGACGACGACGACGCUGUGCCCUCCUCCUGUGAAGAUUUUUUCAGCAAUUCUAUUGUUGAUGGUGCUCGUGUCGUCGGUCUGAAGCCAAAAACGACCGACGGAAGAGUGAACUAUGGAAGAUCAGAUUCGUAUCGUGUCGCCACUUCCCCGAGUGUUCCCGAUGACAAUCGCACGAUUCAUGGGAAAGAAAAGUCGCAACGUAAGGCGGGUAAGGGGAAGAAAACCGGGAAGGAUUUGGACGCGCUAAAGCAAGAAUUGGAUAUCGACGUGCACAAGGUGCCGAUUGAGGAACUUUACCGUCGAUUCCAAGUCGACGCGGAGCGUGGCUUGAGUGACAAAGAAGCAAAGUUGCGUCUGGAGAGAGAUGGACCGAAUUCUUUGACACCACCGCCGACAAUCCCGGAAUGGGUCAAAUUUUGCAAGAACUUGUUCGGCGGAUUUGCUUUAUUACUGUGGAUCGGCGCUAUCUUGUGCUUCGUGGCCUACUCGAUUCAGGCCAGUACUUUCGAGGAGCCUCCAGAUGACAACUUGUACUUGGGAGUUGUUUUGGCUGCUGUGGUCAUCGUCACGGGUGUCUUCUCAUACUACCAGGAAGCUAAAAGUUCGAAAAUCAUGGACUCUUUCAAAAACAUGGUCCCGCAGUAUGCUUUGGUAUGCCGUGAUGGCCAGAAGCAGACUGUGCGUGCAGAAGAGUUGGUCGUCGGUGAUGUGGUUGAAGUGAAAUUUGGAGACAGGAUUCCUGCAGAUCUGAGAGUCAUGGAGUGCCGAGGCUUCAAAGUUGACAACUCUUCAUUGACUGGCGAAUCUGAGCCGCAGUCGAGGUCUCCCGAUUUCACCAACGAGAAUCCCUUGGAGACUAGGAACUUGGCCUUCUUCUCUACUAAUGCCGUGGAAGGUACUUGCCGAGGUCUGGUAGUGCAAGUUGGAGACAACACAGUCAUGGGAAGAAUUGCCGGUCUGGCUUCUGGUCUGGAAACUGGUCAAACCCCGAUUGCCAAGGAGAUCGAGCACUUUAUCCACAUCAUCACGGGCGUGGCGGUUUUCUUGGGGGUGUCGUUUUUCAUGAUUGCCUUCGUCUUGGGCUAUCACUGGCUGGACGCUGUCAUUUUCCUCAUCGGUAUCAUUGUAGCCAAUGUGCCCGAGGGUCUCUUGGCGACCGUCACCGUUUGUCUGACCCUGACAGCCAAGCGAAUGGCGUCAAAGAACUGCCUAGUGAAGAACUUGGAAGCUGUGGAGACGCUGGGAUCAACGUCCACCAUCUGCUCGGACAAGACUGGAACCCUGACGCAAAACCGCAUGACUGUGGCCCACAUGUGGUUUGACAAUCAGAUCAUUGCUGCUGACACGAGCGAGGACCAGAGUGGCGCCCACUUCGACAAGAGCAGCACAGGCUGGCGCUGCCUGGGACGCAUUGCCGCUUUAUGCAACCGAGCCGAGUUCAAGGGAAACCAGGAGGGAAAGCCCAUCUUGCAACGGGAAGUUGCGGGAGAUGCUUCGGAGGCUGCUCUUCUGAAAUGCGUGGAGGCUGCGAUGGGUGAUAUCGCGAAAUAUCGCCAACGACACAAGAAGGUCUGCGAGAUUCCCUUCAAUUCAACCAACAAAUACCAGGUGAGCAUCCAUGAGACGGAGGAUGCUAGUGACAAUUCGUACUUGCUGGUUAUGAAAGGCGCUCCUGAGAGGAUUCUGGAACGCUGUUCAACGAUCCUCAUUGGGGGUAAAGAAGUGGAUAUGGAUGAGAACAUGAAGGACGCAUUUCAGAGGGCGUACCUGGAGUUGGGCAGCCUUGGAGAGCGCGUUUUGGACAAGUAUCCGACAAAUUAUCCGUUUGACGCGGAGAAGCAGAACUUUCCACUGGAGGGUCUGAUUGCUAUAGUUAUGAAAGGCGCUCCCGAGAGGAUUCUGAAGCGGUGUGCAACGAUCCUCAUUGGAGGUAAAGAACUGGAUAUGGACGCAUUCAAGACGGCGUACCUGGAGUUGGGCAGUCUUGGAGAGCGCGUUUUGGGCUUUUGCGACUAUAAAUUGCCGGAAGACAAGUAUCCGACAAAUUAUCCGUUUGACGCGGAGAAGCAGAACUUUCCACUGGAGGGUCUGAGAUUCGUUGGACUAAUUUCCAUGAUCGAUCCUCCUCGACCGAAUGUGCUCGAAGCUGUUUCCAAGUGCCGAUCUGCUGGCAUCAAGGUUAUCAUGGUGACUGGUGAUCAUCCCAUUACUGCCAAAGCCAUUGCUAAGUCAGUCGGCAUCAUCUCUGAAGGAAGCGAGACGAGAGAAGACAUUGCGGAAAGAAUGAACGUGCCUUUGCAGGACGUGGACCCAGAUGACGCCAAGGCUUGUGUAGUCCACGGUCAGGAACUCCGCGAUCUGUCGUCUGACGAGUUGGACAACAUUCUGCGAAAUCACCCCGAGAUUGUGUUUGCUCGCACAUCUCCUCAACAGAAACUCAUCAUUGUCGAGGGUUGCCAGCGUCUCGGUGCCAUUGUGGCUGUCACCGGCGACGGCGUCAACGACUCACCUGCCCUCAAGCGGGCCGACAUCGGCGUCGCCAUGGGCAUUUGCUGGCUCUGACGUGUCCAAACAGGCGGCAGACAUGAUCCUGCUUGACGACAACUUUGCGUCCAUCGUGACGGGCGUGGAGGAAGGCCGUCUCAUUUUCGACAACUUGAAAAAGUCCAUCGCCUACACGCUCACGUCCAACAUCCCCGAGAUCUCGCCGUUCCUGCUUUUCAUCCUGGCUGACGUCCCGCUGCCCCUGGGCACCGUCACCAUUCUCUGCAUCGAUCUGGGGACUGACAUGGUCCCGGCCAUCUCUUUGGCCUACGAAGAGGCAGAGGCCGACAUCAUGAAGCGCCAGCCCAGGAAUCCCUUCACAGACAAGCUCGUCAACGAGCGGUUGAUCUCGAUGGCCUACGGGCAGAUCGGCAUGAUCCAAGCAGCAGCCGGGUUCUUCGUCUACUUUGUCAUCAUGGCGGAGAAUGGUUUCAGACCCAUGACUCUGCUGGGCCUGCGCAAGGCGUGGGACUCGAAGGCUGUCAAUGACCUGAAGGAUUCCUAUGGUCAAGAGUGGACGUAUCACAACCGAAAGAUCCUAGAGUACACUUGCCACACUGCCUUUUUCGUGUCCAUCGUGAUUGUGCAAUGGGCCGACUUGAUCAUCUGCAAGACUCGGCGGAAUUCCAUUCUGCAUCAGGGCAUGUCUAACUGGGUGCUGAACUUCGGGCUUGUGUUCGAAACUCUGUUGGCAGCCUUUUUGUCUUACACCCCGGGAAUGGACAAGGGCCUGCGGAUGUAUCCCCUAAAGUUCAACUGGUGGAUCCCGGCAAUGCCGUUCUCGCUCGUUAUCUUCCUUUACGACGAAGCUCGUCGCUACAUAUUGAGGCGGAAUCCUGGCGGUUGGGUCGAAAACGAGACCUACUACUAGAACAAGAGCAAUCUCGAAAGGAAUGAGGAACAAGAACAACCAAAAAAAAUAAUCUCUGAAGCAAAAAGAAGUGUAUUGUUUUUUGCUGGCAUUUUGAAGACUCGUCCGUCGUAUUCCCGGAAUGGCAGUGUGGCGGAAAGAAAGCGUACAACGGUGUUCUGUAUGGCAGAUUGUUAUUAACUUUGUUAAUCUCGAGUUGGGAUGAGAACCUUCGUGUUUUUUUUUUUUU